GUACAAGAGAAUAAAAACGAAUCCUGAUUGACCGGUUAAGCAUUCUUUCGCUGGCCGUCGAGAGGAGCACAGUACAAAAGAUUUAAAAAUGAAGCUUCUCGUUGUGCUUUGCGCCGUCCUUGCUGUGACCUCUGCAGCUGGAAUCCACGACGCUUUGGUGGCUAAGUGGUCUCCGACUGUCGCUGACGACAGCCUUUACAGCAUUCCGACGACCAAAGGUGGACUGGACAAUGACGCCAUAAGCUGGGUCCAAGUGCCGGGAGAUGCUGGAGAUCCGUUCACCAUCCACUGCGAGAACGACAACGAGAGGUACUGCGUGUUGUUUGACCUCAACGGAUUCAUUGCAGGAGAGCAGUACAGCAUCCCCGAUGAGGACAUUGCCAGUGUGUCUGGAAACUACAGUUACGAAAUCGUCCCCUCUUUCCGCCGCACGACCAUAUUCGGACGCAACGUCUGGACAGGCACUGCAUUCUUUGUCAACCCCACCGUGCUUGACAACGGUGGCCGCACUGACUUGUCUGAAGGAACCAUCGUUGAGCUGUGGGUGCAGAAAGGAGACAGUUACAAAAAUGCAGUGCAGAUUCCCCUCGACAGAUUUGAUCUGGAGGCCAACACCAAUUACCUUCUGUGCAACUGCGUGCCUGGCAUGGGAAUUCACUACUACACUGAAAUGUAUCCCACUGGCUCAUGCGAUAAAUUCGACCCGUGGUUCUUGAUGUAUACCGGAGAUACUUUCGUUGGACUUGGUUUCCAGAGCUUCGGAAAGCCAGUUGUUCGACCUAACAUUCGCCACUACAGCGAAAAUAUUCCGCGCGCCGCAAUUAAUUAUGUUGUGCCGGAUGCACCUCAAUGUUUCUUGGACUUGUUUGAUUUCGAUGGUGCAAUCUCCCUCCAUACUUUCUUCGUCUCCCAGCCUCUCAGUUUCAUUACCUGCUAAACACUACCAACAACGAUUGAUCCAUUGAAUGUAAUUAUUGUCAAUGUACAGCUCGGUAAAAUUUUGCCUUAAAUUAAACUGAAAUAAUGCCCUACUA